AUGACCCUGGCAAGGGGCUGGCUGCUGUUGUUGGCCUUUAACAUAGACCUAGCCCAGAAGACUCUGAGAGAGGUGCCAGUGCAGCCAGACUUUGAAGCACAUGAGGUAGAAGGACGUUGGUUUACCAUCCAGCUGGCCACUAGCCACAGGGACCUGGUCUUGCCCACUGACCCCCUAAGACUUUCACUCCACUCCAUCCGGACCAGAGACAGUGGGGAUGUGGACUUUGUGCUGUUUGAGAAAGGAGAGGGGGUAUGCACAGGAAUAAACAUUACUGUCCAUCCAACGGGGCUCCAAGGCCAGUACCAAGGAACCUUUGAGGGUGGCAGCAUGCACGUCCAUUUCGUCAGCACCGACUACAACAACCUUAUUCUUUAUGUACGUUUUGAGGACAACGAAGUCGUCAACCUGUGGGCACUUCUGGCCAGAAGACUGCUUGAGGACCCUACAUGGCUGGGGAAAUACCUGGAGUUUGUGGAGAAAUUCCACCUUCAAAAGGCCCCCAUCUUCAACAUAGCUGACCAGUGUCCCCCAAAUAGGGCCUAG